AUGUUCUUCGCGCGGCUGCGGGGCGGGCUGUGUUUGUGCGCUCACAGAGCAGAGGUGCGCCAAACGGCCCGCUCGCUGAUUCGGGCCAGCCGAUCGGCGGCGAUGGAGGGAAGCAAUGACAGAGUCGACGAGGGGGAUCUUAAGGUGCGCGUCAUCAACGUCGACAGCGAGCCGGGAAUGACGAUCUCUCUGAGCGUGGACGGCGCGGAGAAGAAUCUCAGCCGGGCGAAGGACGAGGCCCUCCAAAAGGCCUUGUUCCGCCUCCAAAAGGCAGUCGACGGGGGCGGCAAGAAGAAGAAGACCAAGGGCAAGAACAGUGCACCGGCCGCUCCGUCCGUGCCUGUGGAGCUCGUCAAGAAGGACUCCGGGCACCCCGUGGACCCCGCGACGCCGAACGAGGCCGCGUGGGACAACGACAACGUCCUCAGGAUCGGGGACAGGCAGUACGACAUAGAGGUUAACCCCCCCACGGUCAACUCGAUCGCCCUGCCGCCGCGGCCCAUGGUCGGGUACCCCGUGAUGCCCGUGAUCGCCCUGAAGUUCGCCGACGAAGCCGCCUGCCGGCUGGAGUGGUCGCGGCAGCCGUUCUCCAGCGGCGCGCAGCCCACGGACAGCAAGUGGGAGGUGUGUGGGGAGGGGCGGUAUUACACCCCCUCGGACGCCGACGAGGGCUUCCUCCUGCGCGUCGUUUGCACGCCAAGGUCAGCGGCGGGGGCUCAGGGACAAGCCGUGGCGGCGGAAGCCUCCCAGCCGGUUUCGCGCGCUCCCGGCACCAAGCCCUUCCGUGGACGCGCCGACCACACGCGCGCGCGCGUGCCGGCGCCCGCGGUGCGCGUCGUGACGUACAACAUUCUCGCGGACCAGUACGCGGGGUCCAGGUACGCGAGGGAGGUGCUGUUCGACUACUGCGCGGAGGACUACCUGGACCCGUUCUUCCGGCGGCAGCGCGUCCUUGAGGAGCUGCGCGCGUACAACGCAGACGUCGUGUGUUGCCAGGAGGUCGACCAGGGGUCGUACGACGACUUCUUCGGACCCAUGAUGUCCGCGUACGGGUUCGAGUCCAGGUUCGAUCUCAAGGCGGGCAGCGUCAGGGAGGGCGAGGCGAUGUUCUGGAGGCGAGACAGGUACCGCGCCGUUGACAACUGGCGUUUCGCGAUGAAGGACAUGGUCGAGCCAGAGGACGCCGAGGCGCCGUCGCUCGCCGCGCUCCCCGUGAACGGCGCCGCCAUCUCCGCCGCGCUCGCGGAGCACCCGCACCUCGUGACUGUGUUGAAGAAGGUCACACAGAUCCUGCAGCUGGUGCUGCUCGAGCCGGUGGCUCCGGACGGCGCCGGCGCGGGCGGCCCGCCGCUGCUCGUCGCGAACACGCACCUCUUCUUCCACCCGCGCGCGUCGCACGUUCGCACGGUGCACGUCGCGACGAUGGUCGAGCUCGCGAACGCCGUGGCGCGCGAGCGGGCGGCGCAGGGCGAGCGCCGCCCCGCGCUGCUGUUCUGCGGCGACUUCAACGCGGACCUGAACGACGGCAUGCCCGCGCUCUGCGAGAUGCUCCAGACGGGGAGCGUCGGCGCGGGCUGCUGGGACUGGAAGGACAUGGCGACGUUUUCGUGGGGGGGUGAUGACGACGAGGAUGACGAGGGGGGGGGAGUCGCUGCGGAGGAGGCGGGGAGCGGCGGGGAGGAGUCGGCGGGGCCGGGGAUCGCGCUGUCGGUGCCCGUGCGCAUGCGCAGCGCGGACGACCUCGCCACACCGUGGACCAACUACACGAGAGGCUACACGGGACUGCUAGACUACAUAUGGUACGACCCGUCCGUCAUGCGGCGCCUCCAGUACGUCUCAGUCCCCCCCGAGGCCGACCUGAAGGCCGAGACCGCCAUCCCGUCCUCGGUGUUCCCGUCCGACCACGUCGCCGUCGUCGCGGACCUCGAGCCCCCCGCGUCGCUCCCGCUCGUCGUCGGAGCGGACGCCGAGGCGGCCGACGCCGCAGCGUCAGCGUGCAUCCGCGGUGGCGUCGUUGCAGUGCCGACGGACACGCUCUACGGCCUUGCCUGCCUUGCCUCGGAUGCGGAGGCGGUUCGGCGGAUAUACGAGAUCAAAGGGCGGUCGUUCUCGUCGCCGCUGGCGAUCUGCGUCGCGGAGGCGGCCGACGCGGUCGCGUACGGGGACUGCAGCGGGCUCCCGGGGGAGCUGUUGGAGGAACUCCUCCCGGGGCCCGUCACGCUGGUCCUGCCGCGGUUGCCGGACGCCGCGGUGGCCGCCGAGGCGACGCAGGGCGUGGCGACGAUCGCGGUGCGCGUGCCGGGCGGCGACGAGGGCCGCCUGGUGCGCAGCGUGUGCCGCAGGCUCGCAUCGGCAGCAAGCGACACGCCGGCAGCUCUGGCGCUGACCAGCGCGAAUCUCAGCGGGGGCACGUCGCCGCUGCACCCGCGGGAAUUCGAGGAGCUCUGGGGCGAGCUCGACGUCCUGUGCGACGCCGGGGAGGUCGGGACUGGGUGCCGCAACGGAUCGACGAUCGUGGACCUUUCGCGGGCGUCCCACGGGGCGUUCAAGAUCAUCCGCGAGGGCUCGGCGCCGGACAUGGUGCGGGCGGCGAUGAAAACGCACGGCCUGGUGGAGGCGAAGUGA